AUGGUGCAAUCAAGGAGUUGCAGACACAAAUUGGCAGGUAGAUUGAACCAUUUGGAGACGCAGAAUAGUGGGAAACUCCCUUCUCAACCUCUUAACCCAAUAGAUUUUGUCAACGCUGUGACAUUGAGAAGUGGUACACGAACUGUGCAACCGGAAGAUGCUGAGAAAAACAAAGACCCUAAGGGUCUGAUUUUGGAGAAAGAGAUUACUGACUCUUCCCAAACCGAUGAGUUACCUAAAGAAAACUCUAAAACUCCUGUUUCUACGUAUGUUCCCCCUUUUCCUUUUCCUCGCAGGUUUUCUAACUCUAAACAAGAUAAGGAGAUAUUAGAUAUUUUCAGGAAGAUUCAUGUGAACAUUCCACUAACAGAUGCUAUUAAACAAGUCCCCAAGUACGCGAGAAUUCUGAAGGACUUGUGCACCAAUAAACAGAGGUUAACCGGUAACGAGGUAAUGAAAGUGGGGGAAAAUGCUUCAGCUAUCUUGCAAAAGAAACUCCCACUUAAAUGUAAAGACCCUGGUAGUUUUGAUAUUCUUAUUGUUAUUGGUAACACCAAGUUUAAUAAGGCUAUGCUUGAUUUAGGAGCAUCAGUAAAUGUUAUGCCCGUAAACCAACUAAUUUCCAGCGGAUUUUUUGUGUUGGAGAUGACAGACGGAUCAACUGACACAUCUCUACAGUUACUUCUUGGUCGACCAUUUAUGAGCAUGACUAGAACUAAAAUUGAAGUGCAUGAUGGCUCAUUGACUAUGGAAUUUGAUGGAGAAGCACCUAAACUAGAACUAAAGCCUCUUCCUGGUCACCUAAAAUACAUGUAUUUGGGUGAUAAUGAAGAGUUGCCAGUAAUAGUUUCGAAUGCACUAAAUGAAUUGCAGGAACAAAGACUUCUUCGAGUUUUGAGGGAGUACAAAACUGCUAUAGGAUGGACAAUUGCUGAUAUUAAGGGAAUAAUCCCAUCGACGUGCAUGCAUAAAAUACGGCUUGAGGAUGAAGCAAAACCUACAAGGGAGGCACAACGCCGCUUAAAUCCUUCAAUGAUGGAAGUCGUAAAGAAAGAGAUACUAAAGUUAUUAGACGUGGGAGUUUUCUACCCCAUUUCUGAUAGAAAAUGGGUGAUCCCGGUACAAGUGGUACCAAAGAAGUCGGGCGUCACAGUGGUGCAGAAUGAUAAUAACGAACUUGUCCCAACUCGUUACAAUCAGAUUGCUAUAACACCUGAGGAUCAAGAGAAAACUACUUUUACUUUUCUUGUUUAUGGUGAUUCAUUUGACUUGUGCUUGGAUAACCUUACAUUAAUUCUUAAACGAUGUGUUGAGACUAAUAUUGUGCUAAAUUGGGAGAAGUGCCAUUUUAUGGUGACUCAUGACAUUGUCUUAGGACAUAUUAUAUCUUCUAAAGGAUUAGAAGUUGAUAAAUCUAAGAUUGAUCUUAUUCGUUCUCUAACUCCUCCCACUACGGUGAGGGAAAUUCGUGCUUUUCUUGGUCAAGCAGGAUUUUAUCGCAGGUUUAUCAAGGAUUUUUCCAAUUUUGCAGCACCACUAUGUCGUUUAUUGCAAAAAGAUGUGGUUUUUAACUUCGAUGAGAAGUGUUUGGAGUAA